AUGUCUCAUCAAAUUUUAUUAUAUAUUAUUAACCCAUUACUAAUAGCAGUGUUUGUCUUAUUGGCAGUUGCAUUAUUAACACUAAUUGAACGAAAAGUACUAGGUUAUAUACAAUUACGAAAGGGUCCUAAUAUUGUAGGGCCUUACGGCCUAGUACAACCCAUCGCAGAUGGUGUUAAACUAUUUUUAAAAGAACCCGUAUGACCCUCUACCUCCUCCCCCCUACUCUUCCUAGCUAUACCCACCAUUGCUCUUGCUUUAGCCUUAAUUCUAUGAGUUCCCAUACCGAUGCCCUCCCCUUUAGCGAACCUAAAUCUCGGCCUUUUGUUUAUCCUAGCCUUCUCCAGCUUAGCAGUAUAUUCAAUCCUAGGCUCAGGUUGAGCUUCCAACUCCAAAUAUGCACUCAUCGGAGCCCUACGGGCCGUGGCUCAAACAAUUUCAUAUGAAGUAAGCCUAGGAUUAAUUCUUCUUAAUACUAUCCUUUUCACUGGGGGCUUCACGCUACAAGUUUUCAGUACAGCUCAAGAAAAUACUUGACUAGUAUUCACAAUAUGGCCUCUAGCUACAAUAUGGUAUGUAUCGACACUAGCAGAAACAAAUCGAGCACCCUUUGAUUUAACAGAAGGGGAAUCAGAACUAGUAUCAGGCUUUAACAUCGAGUAUUCUGGAGGACCUUUUGCAUUGUUUUUUCUAGCAGAAUAUGCAAACAUCAUCCUUAUAAACAUACUAUCUGCUAUUUUGUUCAUAAGCACAAAUCUACUUUAUAAUAAUCUAAACAACGAAACAAUAGUUAUUAUAAUCAAAACAACCCUAUUAAGCAUAGUCUUCCUAUGAGUUCGGACGUCCUACCCACGUUUUCGAUAUGACCAACUAAUACACCUUGUAUGAAAAAACAUUCUUCCAAUUACUAUGGCAUUUUUAAUAUGGCACCAAGCCAUUCUUGUUUCCUUUGCAGGUCUUCCCCCUCAAAUCUAG